AUGAGGACAAGCAAAGCAUCACUCUAUCUUCCAAUUGAAAAAGGAGGUCUCAACAUCCCUAAUAUAGAGCUAUUUAGCAAACUAAUUACUAUCAAAACAAUCCAAUACCAAGGACACUCAAACAACUGCUUGGUGAAAAAAGCUGUCGUACAAAGUCUGCAGAACUGCAAGAAAUGUAAGACCAAAAAUCUUAAUUAUUGGGAGAACGUUUGGGAUAUUUGUAACGAAAAUAAUCUGAAGAUAAUUUUCGGAAGAUCAGAUCACAGAUUUAAAACUCCUAAAGCCCACAAAAAAGAACGAGAAAUUGCAAUAUGGACCGAUGGAUCAAGAUCCAAAGAAGGAACUGGAAUAGGAAUCCUUAUUCAAUCAAGUAAUGCAACAACAUGCCAUAAAUACAAAUUGGAUCCUAGGUAUACCCACAACAUGGCAGAAUUAAGUGCAGUGGUCACUUCGUUGAAGUUGAUCCCUUCAUCUAGCUCAGUGACGAUUACGACGGACAGUGAAAUUGCUCAAAAGAUUUUCACAAACAACAACUAUCGAGGACAAUUCAUUCAACUCAAAAGAGAAUAUGAGGCAACAAUACAAGACAAAAAACUUAAAGUUACCAUUGAAUGGGUAAAAGGACAUGAUAAAUGUCAGGAAAACAACUUCGUUGACAAACUGGCAAAAAACGCAAGUACCAAAGGCAAAUUUUUGGAUCCAAAGAACCUAUUCACACAAGAACAACUUCUCAUCAUUAAGGACUCAUUAUGGAUCCCCAACCCUUGUAGAAUAAUUAGAAAUAAUUGGCUAUCACAGAUAUCGGAAAAUAGUCAAGUGACAAACCUAGUGAGCGAUACUACUUUUCGUUAUAUUGAAGGAAAAUCAACACCACAUCACAAAUACUCCAUAUGGAGAAACCUUAAUUUCUGCCAUGUUCGGAGCUUCAAACAACAUAUAUGCCCAGAAUGCAAUGUUCCUCUAUCUCAUGAACACUUAAUUCUCCAGUGUCCACUUCUCCAGUUUCAGCGAAAAUGGGCAAUUGAUAACAUCAAAAAGCAUACCAACCGAGAUCCAAUUUUAGUGUCAACAGAAUCAGAUCACCUCAACAACUACAAGUUUUACCUCAAUUACAAAGGAAUUCUUCAACACAACACUACCAUGGACUCCAUUAGCCUCUUCCACAGAGAAUGGUUUAAUAUCCAGAGUACACUAUCGUUACUAGCUGGACAUGCACAUACUCAAUACUGGAAGAUUGUACAAUAA